GUAACUUCCUCCUGUCAUGGAAACGAUCCAUGUUCAAACCCACUUUUUUACGCAUCCUUCCUGAGAUAUAUCAGUUCAGCCCCACCCAACAAUUUCUGCGAACUGUCUAUGUUUCCACUCAUUCUACAAGAAUUCCGCCUAGUACCAGAAGCACCCCACUAAGAUCAAACCCACCGAUCUGUCGCUGGCGCUCAACUGUGUGCAAUUAUUCCAUGAACCACGAGAUAUCUAGAAACCCUUCUCCCGAGAGAGCUACCAAAAGAAGACGCAUUUGUUCCCCCAUCUUGCGCAAGAACCUUUCGGACGAAAUGGCCGCGAUAUCCGACCAGCCGCUUCCCAUAAUUCAGCUCACGCCCCUCGAGAACACCUUGAAAUCCCUUCUUCUAGAUGUCGCAGACUAUAUACGAGAACGAACGAUUGCAGAAGGAGGCAAUGCGGCAGACACCCCCCGCACGGUACUGCGUUUCACAGGAGGUUGGGUGCGGGACAAGCUGCUCGGCAUUGAUAGCCAUGAUAUCGAUGUGGGCAUAAACAACAUGACAGGCUACCAAUUCGGUCUUCUGCUUAAAGACUACUUAGAUAUCCCAGAAAACCUGCAGAAGUAUAAGAAGAACCACAACAAUGGCGAACUCAAGGACGCUAUCGUCAGUCUCCAUAAAAUUGAGGCUAACCCAGAGAAGUCAAAGCACCUGGAAACGGUCACUACCAAGAUCUUUGGGCUAGAUAUCGAUUUGGUCAACCUACGGAAGGAAACCUACUCGGAUGAUAGUCGCAAUCCCCAAAUGGAGUUUGGCACGGCCGAGGAGGACGCGAUGCGCCGGGAUGCAACCAUCAAUGCCCUCUUUUAUAAUUUGAACGAGUCCAAAGUAGAGGAUUUUACUCGAAGGGGCUUUGAAGAUAUGAGAGAUCAAGUAAUCCGCACACCAAUGGAGCCGUAUCAAACAUUUAAGGAUGACCCGCUACGUGUACUGCGACUCAUUCGGUUUGCCAGCCGAUUAGGAUAUCGCAUUGAUGAAGACACGGAGAACGCCAUGAAAAACAAGGAUAUCAGUGAAGCACUCAAACUGAAGAUCAGUAGAGAGCGCGUGGGGACCGAAAUGACGAAGAUGCUCAAAGGACCGGAUCCCCGAGGUGCUCUACAAUUUAUUGACCGCCUUGAACUAUACCAGACGAUUUUUGCAAACCACCAAGAUGAUGUCGGCGUGGAUACAUCUUCCUGGGCUCUGGCCUACAAUGCUCUGCAGGAGUUAUUACACUCCGAGGACACUUCGAUACCUAUCGCACGUGUGCGCGACCUACUUAUUCGCGACGCCCAAGAAGCUUAUUAUGCUUGGGUGAUCGCUGCAUUCGCACCCUGGUCAACGGUGCCAGAUCGCGUGGCGCAAGGACCCAAAGCAAAGCCACUUCCUCCCCGCGCGGCGGAAGUCGCUAAGGAUAGCCUUCGCGCUGAUAACAAAACGAUCAACCUACUCCGUGAUGCGGCUUGUCAUUGGCGCUCUAUCGUGGGCGUGAAAUCCUCCCUUCUGGAGGAGCGCAUGAGUGGCACCGCGGCAGAGAUUCGACAGCAAAUUGGAUUAUACAUCCGUACAUGGAACAAGGACUGGAGACUUUGCUGUACCUUGGCGAUCUUGCAAGAAGUCGCGCAGGGAGGCGAGUUCAACAAAGUGAUCCAAGAGUACAACAAGUUUCUCUCAUACCUCGUAGAACACAACCUGGAGAACGUCUACGAUAUGAAACCCAUCGUAAACGGGGUUGAGGUUGCCCAGCACCUUGCAGCUCCGAAAGGACCUUGGAUGAGUAAGGCCUUGGACAUGGUGAUUCGGUGGCAGCUGCUACACCCGGAGAUCACAGAUAAGGCAAAGGCGUUGGAAGAAGUGUCAAGCCGAAAGGAAGAGCUGGACAUACGCUCGAAGUGACGGAGCCAACCUAAUACAAUAUAACCUAAACGCCAUGAAGCGAGAAACCGUAUAGAAGUCAACAGAGUAUGCAACAGCUGCCAAAGUUGCAAUCUGCCGGAUAUAUUCUCCCUAGUUGCACAAUUAAGCAACAGGGUUUCCUAAGAAAGUAAAAGUGGAGCGAGACCAUGCAAAAUAGCGUCAUACAGCGAAGCGUGGCUGGCCGUUGACGUAAGAUGAAAUCCACACGAUUCGGCAUCAACAUCCAUCCAUAGACCAACGUCAAUCCAUGAGUAUCCCUGACAACGAACCUAUAAGACCACAUAAAUA